AUGGCAUCCACAUCGUCUUCUGGCACUGGUUUAGUCAGCAUUACAGUUCAAAUGUCUUCGAAAGGAAGCGACACGACAGUCGAUUUAAACAAUAUCCCGUUGUCAAUGACAGUCGGUGAGUUAAAAACAAAACUGAAUGUAGGACCAAACUCACGCUUUGGACGUUUAAAUCAGUUUGAAAAUUGGGAUAAUCGACGUUCACUGUCGGACUAUUUUGUCGAAACUGGUGAAUCAUUUGACUGUGUCAUACAAUCUGUCAUGGAAGAUGCACAACGAUCUUUCGAUGAUUAUGAUGAAUGGUUAUUGGCUAAUAGAAAAUGA